GAGGGAGACGCAGGACUACUUCAAGAAGAAGAAACGGGUUAAUGGUUAUGAAAAACUUAACUUCCCGAGGUUAAUAUUCUUCCCCAAUUUCGAUUUCAUUAGUCUUCCUAAUUGUGCUAUUGGCUUGAAAAACAAAUAUUAGAGGCAAUGGAUCUCUCUCCGUUCAAGCGGGACAUUGAUGAGCUUAUAGAUGAGUUUGUUGAGGGUGAAUUGACAACUUUGGCUGAUAUGAAGAAAGUUUGGCUUUCCAGAAAGUUCACCUACAUUUAUGAAGCUAGCCCGUCUAACAAUUUGUCCUUCUUUAUGCAAUCGUUGUAUGCCCAUACAAUUCGUCACAUGGUCAGUACUGCUUCUUUAUCAUGCAGAUUAGGUGGACUUUAUUGCCUUUACUGCCUAUAUGAGACUCAACCAUUUAAACCUUCUUUCAAGAUCUAUCUCUCUCUCGGAGAGCUGAAUAAACUGAAAGAUCUUGUCGUUGAGGCGAAGAGUAUGGGUAUUAGAGUUGUACCUGCUCUGGUGAAAAGGAUGCUGAAACAGAACAUGUUUCUGUUUGGAUCUGUAGACCUAAAUGAAGGCUCUGUUACAGAGACAGUGAACCAACUCACAGACUUGCAGAAUGCCCGUAUCAAAUUUGCAUAUGAGAAAUUAUUCGCAAGCACUAGAAUUGAUCAUUUUCUCCAUAUGGACAUGGGUAUGGAAGUUGAUCUGGAUGUGCUCAAGAAAAUGUCAACGGAAUAUACUAAUGCCAAGAAACUAGCCAUUGAAGAGGCCAGCCAGGUGAUAGAUGUUGAAAACAUAAAGCAUAUAUCAGGUGAUAAGGAAUCAAUCGGAGAUGUAGUGGAUAAAAUUGCUGAGAACUGGAAUGUCCAAAGAGAAGUAUUUUAUCAACAAACUAGCUUGAACCAGCAACCUGCUGAAGAACCAAAACGGUUACAACUGCCUGUUGAGCCGCGAGCAGGUGAUGACGUCUUUGAACAAGAACUGGAACAGCUACUGCUUCAAAAUUAAGUAAUCUUCAAACUUGGAGCACAAAACUUCAAGCAUCUCAUCCUAGUUUUGUUGAUCAAACACUGCCGGCUUUAAUUCUCUUCGGUUAAAGAAAGCAUCUCUAAUUUUGUGGAAUUUAUUGAAGAAAGAUGACGCAUGUCCUGUGUUUUAGCAUAUCUUUCUAUCUUCUUCCUUGAGCAGUUCAGUGAGUUGAAUCGUUGCUGCAGAUUCAGAGCAAAAAUUUUAUUUGGUUCCAGAAACCAUGGAGGGUUUAAACGAAUGAAGACAUGUAAUCUCUGUUUUAAAAACUAGACCGGACCAGCGGUCGGACCGGGACCCGGCAGCUUCUCCGGUCCGGUUCAGGUCUUAUGGGGGUUUUUUUUAUAAUAUUUCAAAAUUAUAAGGUUUACCUUGUAAUUUUAUAGGGGUGUUUUGGAGAUAUGUCAAAAGUUUAGGGAUUAAUUAGUAA